AUGUCUUCAAAACAGGCAACUAAUCUCGUUAAGAAAACCCCUUUGUUUGAGAGUCAUGUCAAGUACGGUGCUAAAUUUGCCCCCUACGCUGGUUUCCAGAUGCCCCUUCUCUACAAAAGCCAAUCACAUAUCGAAUCACAUCAUUGGGUGAGAGAGAAGGUGGGAUUAUUUGAUGUCAGUCACAUGUUGCAGCAUAGAAUCGAUGGCAAGAAUGCCAAAGAUUUUUUGCAGAAGAUUACUCCAAUUGACUUAGGUUCCCUCGGGGUAAACACCAGCAGCUUAUCAGUGCUUCUUAAUGAGAAUGGUGGUAUCAUCGACGACACCAUUAUCACCAAACAUGGAGAGGAUCAAUUUUACAUGGUCACAAAUGCUGGAUGCAGGGAUAAGGAUUUGAACUUUAUAAAUGAAGAAUUGAAAGCCUUUGACAAUGUUAAACAUCAAACCUUCGAAUCCACCUUGUUGGCUGUGCAAGGCCCCAAGGCUGCUGCUUUAAUGCAAAAAUUCACUAAUGAAGAUUUGAAGGCCAUUAAAUUUGGGCAAGUCAAAUUUUUAGGAUUGAAUGGUCUCGUUGACUCCCAGAUCCACCUUUCAAGAACAGGUUACACUGGCGAAGACGGAUUUGAAUUGUCCAUUCCAUCGUCAAAUGAACACGAAUCAUCUCAAGCUAGGUCCUUUUUUGAGUUUCUUAUCGAUGAACACCCUGACUUGGUCAAACCAAUUGGUCUCGCGGCAAGAGACUCAUUGCGUUUGGAGGCAGGAAUGUGUCUCUAUGGAAAUGAAUUGACUGAGGAUAUUACACCAGUCGAAGCAUCAUUAGCCUGGUUGAUUCCUAAGACCAGGAGAGGUCCUGAGACUCACUUCAAUGGUAGCUCCAAAAUCUUGCAACAAUUGGCAGACUUGAAGUCUGUGACUAGACGUCGUAUCGGAAUUGUUUCCGAGGGCCCUGCUCCAAGAACUCAUGCAAAGGUUUUGGAUUCAUCGGGUGAAAAGGAAGUUGGUGAAAUCAGCUCUGGAUCUUUGUCCCCAACUUUAGGAAAUAAUGUUUCUCAAAGCUAUGUUGACAAGACCGUAAAGAUCGGAGAUGAGGUUCAAAUUAUAGUUAGAGGAAAGCCAAGAAAGGGAAAGCUUGUCAAAUUGCCUUUUGUUGAGAAUAAUUUCUAUAGAGGUUAA